AUGUUGGCUAGACACUUUGCUAUAGCUCGCACGGAGCUUGCCAUCAAUAGACUGUUCUCAAUAGGCUUACGAUGUUUCGCUGCUCCUGCAAAGAAAGAUAAGAGAGAAGAGGCCAGAGAGUCUUCCAGGAGGCUCAUGAAGAGACGUAUUGAGAACAAAGCUCCUCCAAACAAGCAUCCGCUUUACAUGGAUGUGCCAACCGCCAUGAGAUACUUGCGUGCAGCUGAAGUCGGGAAGGCUCCCGAGAAAACCACAGUCUCUGCCCACAUCUCGCUUGUUUCCACGAAGUCAUCUGCUCCUCUUCAAGGCAAGAUAUUUUUCCCAAAGCAACUCAAAGACACUCAUGCUCUAGUGUUUGUAAAUGAUCCAGCGAAACAGGAGGAACUUAGAAGUCUUAGCAGUAACAUCACUGUUGGCGGGUCCGAUCUCAUUGCUCAAGUUCAAGAGGGCGACUUUGAUUUCUCCAAGUAUAACCAAUGCUACGCUCAUCCAGACAUUGUUUCUCAGCUCAAAUCUGUUGCCAGGAUAUUAGGACCCAGAAAAAUGAUGCCGCUGGAAAAGAAGGGCACUGUCAGCAGCAAUAUUCGCGAGUUAGUGAUGGAAAACUUCGGUGCUUACUAUUUCAAGGGAAACAAAGAUUCAAUUGCCUUCCCUGUGGGACGCUGUGACUUCAGUGAUGAAGAGAUCAUCAAGAACUUGAAAGCAGCCUCCGAAGCAAUCUACAGCUGCCAGCCAGCAGGAACCAAGGACCCUGUGUUAAUAGGAAGAUGUCAUCUCAGCACGACGUUGGGGCCUUCCAUUGUGAUUGACUUCAGAAGUUAA